UUAAUUUUUUAACAUAGCCCCAUCAUCUAUUGUUAUUAUUGUUAUAAAAAGUGACUUUUAUGAGUAGGCAUUACACGUUUGGUGGGCUAGUGGUGGUGCAACGUUGGCGGGAAGGUGCGGGAUAGGCAGCUCGUUGAGUGUGUGUGUGUGUGUGUGUGUGUUUUUUUUUUUUUUUCACUUCAGGCUUUGCCCGUGUGCAGUUAGAUGGACAAAGCGCGUGCACAAAACGGACGUCGUUUUAUCUUCUCAUCACCCGGAGGACCGGACGGGACGGCGAAGCAAAAGCAAACUCACUGCAUUCGAUAAACGAAGAAGAAUACCUGCGCUCUUCCUGUAACUACCCCAGUAACACAACUGAUCAAUGAACGGGCGUUGUGUGGUACUUGCGUAUUUUUCUGGCAUUGGCUCCGUUUUGCUGUUACGGACGCUUCAAUGCUCAUUUAGAAUAAACGACUGUACUUUUUUACUUUUGAGAAAUUAGCCUUUUUGAUAAUACAAUUUGGCUCGAUAACAUUUUUAUCAACACAAAUCUUAAGUAUGGACACGUUGCCAAUUUGAGCAGAAUCACUGAACGCUUUGCCGCUUAUCAUUGUAAUCAUUUUGGUUCCACGGCGAGGUAGUUUUUAAAGGUCUAAAUUCUGAAUUAUUUUAGAAAUGGCAAUUAACACAGAUGCCGAGUUUCAGAAAGCGACCCUGGGUGGGGGUAGCGCCGUGCAGCCCGCGGAGUCCCAGGAGACGGAGAAACUUCUCUGCGCCAUCACCACCGAGCCCUGCCGCGACGGCAACGUCAAGAUCUCCAACUCUUUCACCGCCAACCUCGGGAGCGUAAAAUCGCUGGACAGCGAGCAGAAUGGACACAGCUCGCCGGUGAGGUCGGGCUCCGCCGGGCAGCUCGGGGCGCGGCCCCUGUCCCCGUCCCGCGUCAGUUUGAGCCGUUCGUCUCUGGGGAAUAACGUGAAGGAGCAGCCGCCACCGCAGGAUUAUCUGAUACUGGUCGUCCUCUCCUGCUUUUGUCCGGUGUGGCCGGUCAGCAUCGUUGCGCUGGUGUAUUCGGUUAUGUCCCGCAGUAGUCUGGCUCAGGGCGAUGUGGACGGGGCUCGGCGGCUCGGCAGAGUGGCUCGUUUCCUCAGCAUCGCAGCCAUCCUCAUCGGCAUCCUGGUGAUCACCGUCUGCGUCAUCACCUAUUUCACAUAGGCAAAGAAGACCACGAAGAGGACCCACAUUUGAGUAAUUUAUCUGUAAAAUACAUAUUUAUCUGGCAAAAGAGAAUUCAAAAUGCGAAAAAAGAAAUUUGCUUCCAUUGCAAAUAAAUUAAGAAAACAACAGUUCUGGGCCCUUCAUGGGAUAAAGGGCUCAAGUCACAGCCAAGGGAAAUAUGAAAUAUGAAAUAUGCAAGCAAAAAAAUUAAUAAUACAUUAAAAAAGAGAAACACAUGCAUGCUAACAUCUACUUGAAAGUAAAAAAUGAAGAAUUGUUUUUUAUUAUUAAAAAAGAUACUAACACAAAAUACCUGACGGAUAGAAAGGGGUGAAGGAUAGACAUGCAGUGGAGUAUCUCUGGAGUAAUGGUGGAGUAUCUCUGGAGUAAUGGUGGAGUAUCUCUGGAGUAACAGGGAUCCAGUGCACCAGUGUAUUCUCUCAGCGGCCAAACAGACAUGGACAGACGGACGUGGAGAUUGUGUUUUGGACGGACAGACAGAUGUGAGGAUUGUGUUUCGGAUGAACAGACAGACAGACGAAUUGAGUUUCGGACAGACAGACGUGAGGAUUGUGUUUUGGACACACAGACAGACGGACGUAAGGACUGUGUUUUGGACAGACGGAAUCUGAGGGCACUGAUGCGGUUGGGUGUGAGGUUCUGAACUCCCGACACUCAAAGCGGAUGCAUUUAUACCAGUAUAGUAUUCAGUGUAAUCCGCCAUGUUUUACUGAACAGGGCGGCGUGUCUGCA